CUACUCUUAGCUCAGAUUACAGUGAAUUAAAAAAAAGAAAAAUGAGGAAGAGUGAGAUAGCUUUGAUAGAGGUCGAAAACAACAUUCUCUUUGAAUCUAAUUAGUAGGAGAAGCACGAUAACUUGAAAGGGAUUCUGGAAGAGAAAACGAUAUUUUAUCUUCCGAAAAGGCAUUGCAUAUUUUUUUUUAUUUAUUUGUUUUUAUUUCGAUUUUCUUACUGGAGAUGAUUUUCAUUAUUCUAACAGUGCCACUUAACAUUCGUCCUUCAAGUUAUUGAAAUUGAAAAAAGUGCGCUUAGAACAAUUCUGUAUCGUUAAGACUUCAGAGCAGUAUAUGUGAAUGAAUUCUUCGUUCUUGUUUCGGUUAAAAUUAUCAACAUUUUGAGAAGUUUUCAGUGUCUGAAAAAAAAUGAGUGAUUUAAUUGCUGCCGAUGAAGUUGACUGUCUUAUGAAGUACGGUGUUCUCACCAAGAAAGAAGUUUUCAAAUGGUGCAUUCACGCAUCUGCAAUUCAAAAUUCAACAGCAGACGAUAAAAGAAGUGAUUUUUUUACAUUCGGACCUUCUAAAGGAGACAAGUUUUAUUUUCAGUUACCUGCAUCUAAAAAUUCAGGUUCUCAGUUCAGUGUUUUUCUGUGCAGAUUGCCCUCACAAAGUCCCGAAAAUCAAACGCAGGACAAAAUCAAAAUAAAAGUGUCCUUAGCGUUGCUUGAUCUCCGAGAUCGUUUGCACAAUACUUGUGAGAGGAUUAUGGAAGAUUGCGAUAAGGUUCAAGCAGUUUUUGAUCGUAGUUGUUACGAUAAAUACCACAGUACUUUUCUUCGAUCGGGAUUCAUAGUUAUUUAUUGUGCUUUAGACGUCAACGAAGUUAUUCAGGACAGUGAAGUUGAUAAGGAAACUCCAAAAAUCGUCAGCUUCACCGAUUCCUUAUCCACUAAAGAUUUAAUUGACGAUUUUUCAAAUCUAUUGGAGAAAGGAUUACAUAGUGAUGUUACACUCGCUGUGAAAGGAAAUGAUUUUCCUGCUCACAGAGCAAUCUUAUCAGCUCGUUCACCAAUUUUUGCAGCUAUGUUCGAACAUGAUACUAAGGAAAAAGAAGAAAACAUAAUAGAUAUUGUUGAUAUACCUUCGAAUGCUAUACAACAGUUGUUGUGUUUCUUAUAUACUGGUAAAACAGGACCACUAACAGUUCAAGAUGCUCUAUCUUUGUUUAUAGCUUCGGAUAAGUAUGCUGUUCCAAGUUUAAGGAAGCAGUGUUCGAAUUAUUUGUGUUCAAAUUUAAAUACUGAGAUUUCAUUAAAUGUUUUAAUUGUUGCCUCUCAGCAUCAAGACGAUGACUUGAAAAACGCUGCAAUUCAAGGAGUUCUUGAUAAUGCAGUACAAGUGUUAAAAUCAGAUGAAUGGUUGUCAUUUUUGCAAGAAUAUCCUGAAAUCGCUAACAGUAUCAUUCUGCAAUUGGCGAUUAAAUCUCAGAGAGAAUAAUAAUAUUAAAAAAAAGUAGCUGUUUUUAUUUC